AACGGUUUGGGGUCACGUGACAGUAAAUGCACACAACAGUGUCAAACCUGUAUGUCCACAUCAUCUCUGCGGAAGAUCAUGAACAUUUAUAUCGCAGAGUAAGCAUAUUAGACACAUAUCGGAAUGAGAGCAGAUUUGACACUUCUGCUCGUCUGUUUGCUGCUGCCUGCAGUCAGAGGCACAUUAUCAAAGACCGAUGGCAAGAAAGCCAGUAAGAUCCAGGAGGCGGAGGUGAGACUGCUGUGAUCUGUGUGAGUGUUGUCUGUUGGAUAUGCUAACACUGAAUGUGUGUGUGUGUGUGUGCGGUCUGGCGGUGACGGAGCCUCAGUGGCGGGACAUAGUGAGAGAGGAGAAGAGGUUCUGUCCCCAGUGUGUGUCCACACGACACUUUAGAGGAGCUGUGCUGGGAUACAUCACACCUUGGAAUUCUCAUGGAUAUGACAUCGCUAAGGUGUUUGGUCCGAAGCUGACGUCGGUGUCUCCAGUGUGGCUUCAGCUCAGACGGAGGGGACCAGAGAGCUUCCACAUCACCGGUCUUCAUGACCAUGAUCCCGGUUGGGUCAAAGCCGUGAGGAAGGCCAAUAAAAAAAACAAAAUACUUCCUCGGCUGUUGUUUGACGGAUGGUCCUAUCAGGACUACAUGAGCGUUCUGGACAGCGAGGAUGAGAUGGAGGAGCUGGGUCGAGAGGCGCUGGAAGUGGCAAAGGCUGAAGGGUUUGAUGGUUACACACUGGAGUUAUGGAGUCAGCUUGGAGGAAAUAAGAGAAAAGAGCUGGUGCACCUGGUCACACACCUGUGUGAGACUCUGAAGGCUGGGAAGUUAACCUGCGUGCUGGUCAUCCCUCCUUCAGUCGCACCGGGCUCUGGUCAGCCUGGCAUGUUUGGACAGGAGGAUUUUGAGAAACUGGCCCCAGUGGUGGACGCGUUCAGUCUGAUGACGUAUGAUUACUCUGGACCGGGCAGGCCGGGUCCGAGCGCUCCGCUGCCCUGGGUCAGAGAGUGUGUGCUGCAGCUCGCGCCUCACAGCCAGUGGAGACACAAGAUCCUGCUGGGAAUCAACAUGUACGGACUGGACUUCAGCAGCCACGGCGGAGCGGAGCCGCUACUGGGCGCGAAGUAUGUUGAACUGCUGAAGGAAGUGAAACCCAAACUGCAGUGGGACGAAAAUACUGGAGAACAUUUCUUCAAUUAUAAAAGUAAUGGAGUGAGGCAUGUUGUUUACUACCCCACUUUAAAGUUUCUCCAGCUUCAUAUCGCCUUAGCAGCUGAACUGGGAACAGGAAUUUCCUUGUGGGAAUUGGGACAAGGACUGGACUAUUUCUACGAUCUUUUGUGACCCGUUCGACUGUGACCUGACCUCCGUCUGUCUGAUUUGCUUCCAAAUAAUAAAGUGCAAUUUAAUAAAGCACUUCAGAUAUUUAUGACAAUACUGUUGUUGAGCAUGCCAAUAAAAUUAUUUUUAAUUAC